AUGACUCCAGCCGUUGUUAUUACUGUUACCGCCGUUAUAACCCCUGCCAAGGCCAUUGAUAUCACUGUUACCGCCGUUAUAACCCCUGCCAAGGCCAUUGUUAUCACUGUUACCGCCGUUAUAACCCCUACCAAGGCCAUAGCUAUCACUGUUAUCGCCGUUAUAACCCCUGCCCAGGCCGUUGUUAUCACUGUUACCGCCGUAAUAACCCCUACCAAGGCCGUUGUAAUUACUGUUACCGCCGUUAUAACCCCUACCAAGGCCGUUGUAAUCACUGUUACCGCCGUAAUAACCCCUACCAAGGCCAUAGUUAUCACUGUUACCGCCGUUAUAUCCACUACCAAGGCCCUUGUAAUCACUGUUAUGGCCGUUAUAACCCCUACCAAGGCCAUUGUUAUCACUGUUACCGCCGUAAUAACCCCUACCAAGGCCGUUGUAAUUACUGUUACCGCCGUUAUAACCCCUACCAAGGCCGUUGUAAUCACUGUUACCGCCGUAAUAACCCCUACCAAGGCCAUAGUUAUCACUGUUACCGCCGUUAUAUCCACUACCAAGGCCGUUGUAAUCACUGUUACCGCCGUUAUAACCCAUACAAAGGCAGUUGUUAUUUCUGUAACCGCCGUUAUAUCCCCUACCAAGGCCAUUGUUAUCACUGUUACCGCCGUUAUAACCCCUACCAAGGCCAUAGUUAUCACUGUGAUCGCCGUUAUAAUCCCUGCCCAUGCCGUUGUAAUCACUGUUACCGCCGUUAUAACCCCUACCAAGGCCGUUGUAAUCACUGUUACCGCCGUUAUAUCCCCGGCCAAGGCCAUUGUAUUGCAUGUAAAGCACUGA